AUGAAUAGUAGCAUACCUAGUUUUGAGAAAGCUUUUGGGGAAAAUGGAAGGUAUUAUGAUAGUCCAGAUAAUUCAAGAAAGAGAGUAGUUACUUCUGAGAUGCAGGAUCUAAGUGAAAUUGAUGACCAUAGAUCAAAUGAAGAGGUCAAAGAUUCAAAAUAGUAGAUUUGAUAGCAUAGAACGAAUUGAAGAAAAAGAUAAUUUUGAAAGCUCUAUGAUUCAAGAUGAUAAACCGAAAUCUAAUCUCAAGAUGGUCAGAAAAGUUUUCCACAAAGAAAGAGAUAAAAAUGUUCCAAACAUAAUGGAAAGAAUUGGAAGAAAUUUCGUCCAAAAGGUUGUGAAUAUCUCUGAUUAUGAAGUUAUAUUUAAACCAAAGAUAUUUUUUAAGAUCUUAUUCUACCAUAUUCUAUAUUUCUCAACUUGAUAUAUGGGAAGCUUGAUUAUUGCUUUAAUCGAAGGAUAUAACUUUACUUCAAACAUGUACUUUCUUGGAUGUAAAUCAAUGGUUGCAGGUGUCCAAAUGAUGCAAUCUAUGGCAUUUAUUUCUAUACUGGUUCUUUACUUUGUCCUUGGAUCGAAGUAUUUUACAGGACCUGAUAUAUUUUUCCCAGUAGUUACUAUAUUAACUCGAUCUAUGAUCAUCGCUAUCAGAUAUGCAUUUAUCUCGAAUACAAGAUAUUCACUGAUGAAAUCAAAGCAGACAUUUGAGUGGGUUUCUCAGGAUCUCAUUCUAAUGUCCUGGCAAAAAUUAAACUCCUCUGCUUUAUCUCGUGAAAUAGAAGCUUCAAGGUACAGGAUAAAAUAUGAAGAAAAGAAAUUUUACUUCAGAUUUAUUACUCCCAUUAAUAAAGAAUAUCACGAAAAACUCACAGAUCAAUCUCUUGAAGUCAAAGAUGUAAUUAAAGCAAUGAAGAAAGAUCUUAAAGAUAAAAAACAACAAGAGAAGUUAGAAAAGGCCAAGAAAAAACAAGAAAAGAAGCAAGUGCAAAACAAUGUGCAAGAGAACACUCCUGCAAAGAAAGUAAACCCCCUUUCAAUAUUUGGACUCAAGCCUAAAACUCAAACAGAAGAAAAAGUUGAAGUCCAAAGGGAGGAAACAAAGUUGGUGAUGAAUGGAAACAACGCCCCUAUUGAUCAAGAAUAUCAUGGAGAGGCAAUUCUUAGGCAUAUUUCUAUACUUAACCAAUAUGUAACAGGAGCAACAAUGCUGCCGAUAUACAUUACUAUUGGAAGAAUGAUGCUCUAUUUUGCCAAUAUAGGACUAAACUACAAAAACCUUUCGUCUUUCACUGGAGUAGACGCCUAUAUUCUAUUAUGCAUGGUGUUCCUUAGCAUCACGAUGCAUAUGUUUAAUUUAUUGUUCAUAUCUUAUGGAUUAGUAGAUUUCAGACGAAAGUUUUUCUACCAAAAAGUACUCUCUUGGUUUAUUAAUCCAGAUAGAAGUCUUUAUCAAAGCAAAAUUGAUAAAGAUAUUCCUGUUAUAGAUAUCACAGACCCUAAUAAUCUUAAAAGAUGGAUGACUCUUAGGAAGAUUACACUAGAUUUAGGGUUGAAAUAUACCUAUAGAGCUUUUCUAUAUUCAUCUAUCUUCAUUGGAAUGUAUGGAUUAAUUGCAUUAUUCUUCACUUUGGUCUUCUUUGGCUUUUUAAAAUAUGAAAUUCCACUUCCUGUAUUUGUGUUGGGAUAUUAUGAUGUGUUUCUUAUAUGAGGAAUAAUGAUCCAAAUGAUUAAAGUAGGAGCUGACGUUAAUUGUUGCUUUAUCACUCAUAAAAAGUUAUUUUUAAAGCUUAAAACUAAUUUAAUUGAGGUGCAACUGAAUUAUGAUGACCUUUGAGAUAUAAAGAACUUUAACUCAAAGACAUUAAAAGCUUACGUUACAAGGUUCAAAGAAUUAAAUUUGAGUGAGGAACAGAGAAAUGAGAGAAUCGAAAAUUGAAUCAAUGUAAUUGACCACAACAUAGAAAUUCUCGAUCACGAUGCUGAGCACUCUGCACUAAAGCUUUUAGGAGUCACAUGCAGUUACGAGCUAAUAAAUUCCAUCUACACUGGACUCCUUUCAGUCGGACUUGCUGCUGGCCAAUAUCUCUACAACCAAAGAUCCUCAUCUUCUGAAUAAAUAUAUAAUCCUUAAAUAUCCAUC